GCGUAUCCAAAGACUGGUAUAAAUAAACCCAUAAAUAAGCUGGCAAGGAGCAGUUAGCCUCUGUCUCUCUCGGACCGUUAGGUGACGAGCUGAUUUUCUUCGGCCUCCUCCUGCUCCUGUUUUUCCCGUCUCUCUCACUUUCGAUUCACAUCUCCAUCAAUUCACAGUCUCUGCAUGCUCGCCUUCAGCGCGGGGCUUCCAGUUCAUCCACUUACCCCAUCACCCACUUCGAAUGAACUCUCAUCAGUACUUCGUCCUUCUCAAAUUCAGAUGAAAAUUGCACCACCCAGUCAUCGAUGGCUGCUUCUUUGGUGACCCCGGGAGAAUCCGUGCUCUCCUCUUCCACCGAUAAUCUUAAAGGUUUUGUUCUUGCCAUCGCCUCUAGUGCGUUCAUUGGAUCCAGCUUCAUCAUCAAGAAGAAGGGUUUACAGCGUGCCGGCGCGUUGGGUCCUCGAGCCAUUAGGUGUACAGUUCUGUAUGCCGUUCCAGCUGGAGAAAUAAUUCUGACUGGUAUAAUUCUCGGGAGGAAAAGGAUUAUGCUGACUCAAAAAACGACUCCUCAAUCCUUGUGUCCACAGCUUGUUGGCAAUCACCUGCAAACAAGAGAAGUAGAAGUUUGGAGAUCCUGGCUGGUUUCGGAGAGACCUCUACAAUGCUUAAGUUCAGGUGGAUAUGGUUAUUUGUUAGAGCCACUUUGGUGGGUCGGCAUGGUCACCAUGGUGGUUGGAGAAAUUGCCAAUUUUAUAGCGUACAUUUAUGCACCCGCUGUACUGGUGACACCACUUGGAGCUUUGAGUAUAAUUGUGAGUGCUGUUUUGGCACAUUUCUUAUUGAAAGAAAAGUUGCGGAAAAUGGGAAUACUCGGGUGUGUUUUGUGUAUUGUGGGCUCUACAUUGAUUGUGCUUCAUGCACCUAGUGAACGUAGUUUGAGUUCAGUGGAAGAAAUUUGGGAACUAGCAAUUCAACCAGCUUUUCUUUUGUACACAGCAUCAGCAAUAGCUGUAGUCCUGGUGCUGGUGUUGUAUUGUGAACCACGCUAUGGGCAGACAAAUAUAAUGGUUUAUAUUGGCAUUUGUUCCAUAAUUGGAUCUUUGACGGUUAUGAGCAUUAAAGCCAUAGGCAUUGCCAUAAAACUUACACUAGAGGGUUCAAGCCAGGUCGCCCACUUCCAGACAUGGGUUUUUCUAAUGGUUGCAAUUACCUGCAUUAUUACUCAACUGAAUUAUUUAAACAAGGCUCUGGACACAUUUGACACUGCAGUUGUUUCUCCAAUCUAUUUUGCUAUGUUCACAUCUUUCACAAUUUUGGCUAGUGCCAUAAUGUUCAAGGAUUGGUCUGGUCAAAGUGCAAGCAAUAUUGUUUCAGUUCUCUGUGGAUUCAUAACCGUGCUUUCUGGCACUAUGGUUUUGCAUAGUACAAGAGAACUAGAUCCGCCCCCUAUUGCAGAUAAGUAUGCAUCACAUUCUCCUCAAAUAUCUUGGUUUAUCCCUGUCAAUGGUGAAAUAUGGAAGCGGAAAGAUGAUGAAGAGUUGCGCCCUGAUAUUUUUGCGAUCCUUCGACAUGACCAUUUCAAAUGAGAGAUGUCUAGGUAUUUCUAUCUUGCAGUCCACCGAAGGUUCCGCAGAGUAGAAUUCAGAUAAACAGAUUUUUUAGCAGUCUUGAGGGUGAAAUUGUCAUUGACAUUCUCCCUUUUCGGGAUCUACUUCGGUAAAAUUUUGCAGUGUGGUGUCGAUAAUUCUUUGUGCAGGCCGCCCUGUCAUGGUAAUUUCCUUUCUGGGUUGUCUUUCUAAAUAGUUUUCCCCACCUCUUUCUGCUCUGUAGAGUUGCAUAGAAAUGAAGUGUUUGUAUUUGUAUGAUUAAUUUGUUUUUGUUAUCCAUUCUGUUACUUUUUAAUAUACGUCCAUCUGUUUUCUUCGAACAAGUUAAGGCCAUAGGAGUGCUGAUUGUAAGAACAAGUGAGCCCUUUUCCUUUCAAUGAAAUGAAAAUUUUGUUCUAUUUUUAAA